CAAAAUUCCACUCGGCCAUUUUGGUAAAAUUUCGACGGCAUAUAGAGGCAGGCCGACGAAUUUAACAAGUUUUCUGCUUCAGACCAACAUUUUUGUUGCGAAUUUAUUGAAAAAUAGUAAUUUGAAGUGUUAGUUGUGAAAAAGAACAUAAAAUAAUAAUGGCUCGCUAUACUCAACGUCCAGAAAAUGCUCUUAAAAGAGCAAAUGAGUUCAUCGAAGUUGGAAAGCCGUUGCGGGCUUUGGAUACUCUUCAGGAGGUCUUCCGUAACAAACGGUGGAAUUAUGCCUACUCGGAGACCAUAAUUGAACCCCUUAUGUUUAAAUAUUUAUAUUUAUGUGUGGAAUUAAAGAAAUCGCACAUCGCCAAGGAGGGACUUUUCCAAUAUCGCAACAUGUUCCAGCUCGUGAAUGUGAAUUCUUUGGAAAAUGUUAUCCGUGGAUACUUGCGUAUGGCUGAAGAACAUACUGAAGCUGCACAGGCUCAAUCGUCGGCUGCAGUUGCUGUUUUGGAAUUAGAUGACCUGGACAACAUAGCUACUCCGGAAAGCAUUUUAAUGAGCGCUGUUUGUGGAGAAGAUGCCCAAGAUCGUUCUGAUCGUACAAUUCUAUUGCCAUGGGUAAAAUUUCUAUGGGAGUCAUACUGUCAGUGUUUAGAAUUAUUGCGUGUCAAUACGCACUGUGAAGCGUUAUAUCACGACAUUGCUCGUAUGGCGUUUCAGUUUUGCCUGAAGUAUAAUCGAAAGAGUGAGUUCCGUCGUUUAUGUGAUAAAUUACGAAAGCAUUUAGAAGAUAUUUGCAAGAGUACUACCCAAACUACUGGUGUGUCAAUUACUAAGCUCGAAACGCAGCAACUAUGUUUGGACACUAGGCUUUAUCAGUUAGACUCAGCCAUUCAAAUGGAAUUAUGGCAAGAGGCUUAUAAGGCUAUUGAAGAUAUACACGGUUUAAUGGCUUUGUCGAAGAAAACUCCGGUUCCAAAAACUAUGGCAAACUAUUAUCAAAAAUUAGCGAUGGUUUUCUCCAAGGCUGGAAAUCAACUUUUUCAUGCUGCAGCGCUUCUGAAGUUGUUUCAAUUAACACGUGAACUAAAGAAAAAUUUAACGAAAGAUGAUAUGCAGCGAAUGGCCUCUCAUGUUCUUAUUGCUACCCUGUCAAUACCACUGCCAUCAGCACAUCCUGAAUUCGACCGUUUUAUUGAAGCCGAUAAGAGCCCACUUGAAAAGGCUCAAAAAUUAGCAGUAUUGCUGGGCUUGCAACAACCCCCCACAAGGGCAUCGUUGAUUAAAGAAGUUGUUCGACUCAAUGUACCGCAAUUAGCUUCAGAAGAAUUUAGAAAUUUAUAUAACUGGCUUGAAGUUGACUUCAAUCCAUUGAAUUUAUGCAAGCGGGUACAAACAAUUAUUGACGUAAUAGAAAGCGUUCCUCCAGAGAACAAUUUGCUCGCCCCCUAUAUUAAAUCUCUAAAAGAUCUUACAAUCAUGCGGUUGAUAAGACAAAUUUCACAGGUCUACCAGAGUAUUGAAUUUAGUAGAUUGCUACAGCUAGCAUCCUUUUGCAAUAUUUUUGAGCUCGAAAAGUUGUUGGUAGAAUCUGUACGUCAUAAUGACAUGCAAAUUCGCAUUGACCACCAAAUGCGAUGCAUUUACUUUGGUACUGAUCUAACCGAGAGCCAAAGGGAAGAUCAUCCCGAUGGUCCAACUCUGCAAUCAAUGCCUUCUGAACAAAUACGUUCUCAAUUGGUUAAUAUGGCGACUGUUUUGAAUCGUGCUGUAUCAGUUGUUUACCCCAAUCGGGAGAAAGAUCAACGUGCAAAGUUACGUGCUCAGAUGGUGUAUCACUAUCACGAAAUUAAAGAUCGUGAACAUCAGCGUAUUUUGCAGCGUCAAAAGAUCAUUGAAGAUCGUAAGGAAUUCAUUGAAAAACAGAAUAAUGCUCGGGAAGAGGAAGAAGCCCGACGUUUGGAAGAAGAGUCACGCAAAGCAAAACUGGCCGAACAAAAACGUUUGGAACAAGAAAAUGAAGAACGAGAACGAAAACGACACCAGAAUGAAAUUGAAGCUAUAAAAGUUAAGAGCUUAAAGGAUAAAAUGCAACAAAUUUCUCAAACAGCUCACGGCAAAAAGAUGCUUUCUAAAUUGGAUGAAGAAAGUAUUAAAAAGUUGGAUGCAGAGCAAAUUGCAGCCCGAGAAUCUGAAGAACUACAACGUGAACGCAAGGAAUUGCAAUCUAAACUUAAAUCUCAGGAGAAAAAGGUCGAUUACUAUGAGCGUGCCAAGCGCAUAGAGGAAAUUCCACUUUUCGAGAAGUAUUUAGCAGAAAAACAAGUUAAAGAUAAGGAGUUUUGGGAGGCACAAGAACAUACACGCAUCGAAAAUGCCAUUGCUGAACGUAAAGACGCCGUUGCGCAGCAAGAGAGGUUGAAGCGUAUGUAUGCCGAUCGCGACGUAUUUCUAGAAGCACUUAAAAAAGAACGUGCUUCCUUAUAUGUUGAAAAAUUGAAGAAGUUUGAAGUGGCAUUGGCCGAGGAACGUAAACGCUUGCUAGCACAUCGCGCGGAGAUGCGUAGACAAGAACGUCGUCGUCAGUUUCUGCGUGAGAAGGAAGAAGAACGCUUGCGCAAAGAAGAAGAGAUUCGUCGAGCAAAAGAGGAAGAAGAACGUGUUAUUGCAGAAGCGUUGCGCAAAGAGCGAGAAGCUGAAGAGGAGAAGCGCCGCAUUCAGUAUGAAAAGCAGCGAGCUAAAGAAGAGGAAGCCGAUCGCCGCAUUCAGGAAGAUCGCGAACGUUUAUCCCGCGAAUUUACUUCAGACCGUGAUCAAAACCGGGAUAAGGGCGGUGAAAAAGAUCGUGAUCAAUGGCGUAUGCGCGGUGAACGCGAUCGUAGCGAUCGUGUUGAGCGUAGUGAUCGUGGUAAUGCAUCUAACUCGGAAUGGCGUCGUGAACAACGACCCGAACGUGGGGAACGCUUGGAACGUGGUGAACGUAUAGAACGGGGAGAUCGUCCUGAGCGUGGAGAUCGUCCUGAGCGUGGAGAUCGUCCUGAGCGUGGAGAUCGUCCUGAGCGUGGUGAUCGUCCUGAGCGUGGAGAUCGUCCUGAGCGUGGAGAUCGUCCCGAGCGUGGAGAUCGUCCCGAGCGUAGUGAAAGGUACGAACGUAAAGAAGGUGAAGGUGGCACCUCUGACUCUUGGCGGGUGCGUCGAGAUCCCGAGACAACGGUGCCGCGAGGACCAACUCCAGGUAGCGGCCGCGAUCAACGAGACCCACGCGAUGGUCGAGAUGUUGGUGAUAAGUGGCGUCGUGGUGGUGGUGGUGGUGCUCCCAGCGGCGCUCCCAGACGUGAUGAUCGUGAAAGUCGAGAUGUGGGAGGCAGCAAUUGGCGAGACGCUCCACGCAUUGAGCGCGAUCGUGAUAUGCGUGACAACCGACGUCGUGAUGAUCGUGGAGAUCGCGAUCGUCGUGAUGAUCGUGGAGAUCGCGAUCGUCGUGAUCGUGGUGUUGGUGGUGUCACUAAAGAUUCCGGAAAUUGGAGAACAGAACGUCCCGCCCCUCGCGAAGAUAAGGAGAAAAGUGCUCCAAAGCGUGAACCCCAGGAAAAAGAGAACAAAAGUGGUGAAGAUGGAGAAUGGACAAACGUAAGGCGCCGUUAAAAGAGAAAGUGCUAAGUUUACACGUUUAUCACAUAAUCACAUACCAGAGUAAAAUUUAAUGUUUAAUACAACAGUUAUUGCUGCGAGCCACAAAAAAAAUAAUCGCUAAUUAAUACUUUAUAUCAUAUAGCCAUUUGAAUCGUAACACAUUUAUAUUUUUUAAAAUUUGACCUUUAAUUGUACUUUGCGAAAUUAUCGUUUACACUUGUGCUUCGCUGGGCCAAUGUAGUUUUGGCGUAAAUUGGCCCAUGGUAUUUUAAUCACACAAUGCUAUGGAUAGAAAAAAUAUUUACAAAUUCUUUAAUCUUCAAUAAAUGGAUAUAAUGAAAUGAA